AUGGACAGAAAGAUCCUCAAAACACCAAUAAAUAGUGCAAGGUUAAAACAGUAUCACCAGCAACCUUGGUAUUAUAACUUUCAACAUCAAGGAAAAAUAAAAACUCUUGACACACUUCCAACAUAUGAAGAAACUUUCUCUCGCAAUUUUCAAUUAAUUCAUGAGGAUUUACAAAUAACUGUUCCAACUAAAGUAAUAUAUCUUGGUUCACCUUAUGACGAUACAAUGACUAUGGAAAUGAA